GUGUGCCUGUUGCUGCCAGCCAGCCGUCUUCCAGGGAGUUUCUUCAAUGAGUGAAGAAAAGCCAGUGAACUGUCGGGAGAUUAUAAAUCUUUCCUUGAGAUGUCAGCCAAGAGCUUCAGCAUAGUCACAGCUGCUUCAGUGCUUAUCUUCUUCCUAAAGACCCCACCUGCAGCGCAAGCACCAUUAAAUGGAUCUAAGUGGUCUUACAUUGGCCCUGAUGGAGAGAAAACUUGGCCAAAGAAGUAUCCAUUUUGCGGAGGAGUGUUCCAGUCUCCAAUAGAUUUUCAUAAUGAUAUUCUCCAAUAUGAUACCACUCUCUUGCCUCUAGAGCUUGUAGGCUACAAUGUAUCCUCCACUGCUCACUUUAAGUUGACCAAUAAUGGUCAUUCAGUAAGAAUGAGUCUAUUUCCUACCAUGCACAUCAGAAACCUCCCUUUCCAAUACACGGCAAACCAGCUUCACCUGCACUGGGGAAACAGGAACAAGCCAGAAGGUUCGGAGCACACAAUCAGUGGGAAGCAUUUUGCAGCAGAGGUCCAUAUUGUACAUUAUAACUCGGACAAAUAUUCUGAUGUAACCGAAGCAAUAGACAAAUCAGAUGGGCUAGCAGUUUUGGCAGUUCUUAUUGAGAUAGGCACAUUCAAUCCAUCAUAUGAAAAGAUCUUCAGUCAUUUCCAGAAUGUGAAAUACAAAGACCAGGUAGCUCUAGUUCCAGGUUUUGACAUCCAAGAACUGCUUCCUGAUAGAUUGGAUGAGUAUUAUCGCUAUGAAGGAUCCCUGACCACUCCUCCUUGUUACCCUAGUGUUCUCUGGACAGUUUUCCGACACUCUGUAAAAGUUUCACAAGAACAGCUCCUGGCACUGGAAACAGCUCUGUACUGCACACAGCCCAAUGACCCGGCACCUCUGGAAAUGGUUAAUAACUUCAGACACAUUCAGGAGUUUGAUGAAAGGCUGGUUUCGGUAUCCUUCCGCCAAAAUUCAGUACAUGGUGGACUGAGCAUGGGUUUUGUCCUUUCAGUUACAGUAGCCAGUGUUCUUGGCAUUAUCAUCAUGCUUGCAGUAGCCUUUUGGUUGCUUAGGAAGAAGUGUUGCCAAAAGGAACGAGAAGAUAACAGAAGAGUCAUCUACAAGCCAGCCACUGACAAAGAGGAUGACAACACUUGUAAAGUAUGAGUUCCUACUCGGUCACAGAAAUCCCUUUUACUUCAUGGUACUGAGAGAAGUUUGCCUCGGACAACAUGCUUCUUGUUUCCAUCCCUGGAGCACCCUUAUAACAAAGCAGCCAGAACACUCGAUGGUUUUCCUUGCCCUUCUCAACCAAACCAGUUCUCACCUAACCAUGGAAAGCAAUUACUGAGAACUUUUGUGUGUGUUAAAUAUGACAAAAUGACAUUGACCAGAAGAAAGGACCAAAAAUUACACACCUGUUCAAGUUUGUCCUCAAUUACCUGGAGCAAGUACAGGCAGUCCCCGGGUUACAUGGAUCCGACUUACAUCAGAUCCCUACUUACAAACGGGGUGAGGCAACCCCGCACUAGCUGCU